AUGAUGAUGCUUAAGUAUUGGGGAGCUGCAUCAAAUUUAAGAGAUCUGGAGGAGUUUGGAUGCACGAUUAUUCAUGAAGUAAAUGCACAUUCCAUGAACAAGCAUCCUCUUCUCAAUCGGAAAUUGUUUGACAGGAUAGUCUACAAUUUUCCUCAUACAGCUCUCAAAAGGAGUGAAGGAAACAUUCGCCAAAUUAAGAGUCAUCGAAGGUUGGUAAAGGGCUUCUUUGAGAGUGCAUUUGACAUGCUGGAAGAGAAUGGAGAAGUUCAUGUGACCCACAAGACUACAGAUCCAUAUAGCAAGUGGGGAAUUGAGAAGUUAGCAGAGGGAGCUGGUCUGUUCUUGGUUGAUAAAGUUAGGUUCAGAAAAUCUGAUUAUCCAGGAUACGAAAAUAAAAGAGGCGCCGGGUCUAGAGCUGAUGAAAAUUUUCCUGCUGGAAACUCCUGUACCUUCAAAUUUGGCAAGAGUACUAGUCCUUGA